CAGGGCUGUUUUGGUUUGUGCGAAGCAAAGCAUGCUGGACUACAGUUCAACGCCCAAAAUGGCGGCACGAUUGAAAAGUUUUUGCUGUUUUCGCCGAGUUUGUCUUUUUAACAGACCUUUCCAGCUGUUGCUCUAGAUACGCGCCGCGUCCCUUUUCUUUUCAGCUCACAGAUCACUGGGAUUGUUGUCUGACUGUUGCGACGUAAGAGCGGAGCUGGGAUGGCGUUUUGCCACCAGCUGAAAACCGGGCAUCUCUUUACAAACACAAUGCUAAAAUAAGUUAGCCUAGCAGGCUAACUGCUGGGAAAUAAGUGCUGGCUUAAAGCUCCGGUGGUCUCACCCUGUCUCCGCUAGAUCCCCCGGGCUGAUGUGAGAAUGAAGAAGACAACCUAGAGAUGGAGGAAGAUGUGAAAAAAGUCAAAAAGCCCGGGAUCGUGUCUCCGUUCAAGCGGGUCUUUCUGAAAGGAGAGAAGGGCAGGGACAAGAAGGCCCAGGAGAAAUCCACGGAGCGCAGGGCCCUCCAUACCUUCUCCCUCUCUCAGCCCGACCACCGCAUUGACCCGGACAUUCUGCUUAAUGACUACAUUGAGAAGGAAGUAAAAUAUUUGGGGCAGCUGACGUCAGUUCCAGGAUACUUAAACCCAUCGAGUCGGACAGAGGUGCUGCAGCUCGUCGACAAUGCAAGAAAGUCCCAUCAGUUGGCGGGCCAGCUGACAUCGGAGCAGGACGCAGUGGUGAGCUUGUCCGCUUACAACAUCAAGCUUGUUUGGCGAGAUGGCGAAGACAUCAUCCUCAGAGUGCCAAUCCACGACAUCGCUGCUGUUUCAUACAUCAGGGAUGACUCUCUACACCUCGUGGUGAUAAAAACAGCUCAGGAGUCAGGAGGCUCGCCCUGUCCCAGCUCAUGUCCUGAUCUAAAUAAGUCCCAGACCCUCAGCUCCCUGUCAGAGAGCGGAGCUGUCCUGGUGGAAGUCUGCUGUCUGCUCGUCCUAGCAGUCGACAAUAAGGCAGCGGCGGAGGAACUGUGUCUGUUGCUGAGCCAGGUCUUUCAAAUAGUUUACACAGAAUCAACGAUAGACUUUCUAGACAGAGCCAUAUUUGAUGGAGCCACGACACCUACGAGACACCCUUCUUUGUACAGCGACGACUCUUCAAGCAAAGUAGACGUCAAGGAGGCCUUUGAGAGAGAAACCAGCCCGUUUCCUUUCCAGGCCACAGAAGGAAGCUCUCCGUCUACAUCCACCCCCGCAUCCCCUCAGACAAAGGCUCCAAGUGAAGGAGAGCUCAGUACCACCGCUGCAGAGCUUCUGCAGGACUACAUGACCACGUUGCGGACAAAGCUAUCCUCGCAGGAGAUCCAGCAGUUUGCGGCUCUGCUCCACGACUACAGGAACGGUUCCUCCAUCCACGAGUUCUGCAUUAAUCUGCGGCAGCUCUACGGGGACAGCAGGAAAUUCCUCCUCCUCGGCCUGCGUCCCUUCAUACCCGAGAAGGACAGCCAGCACUUUGAAAACUUCCUGGAGACCAUCGGCGUGAAGGACGGCCGCGGGAUCAUCACCGACAGCUUCGGCCGCUGCAAGCGCACCACCAGCUCCGCCUCCGAUUCCACCACCAACGGCAACGGAGCGGCGGGCGGGAGCGCCAACAGCACGGCUUCGGACGAGGGCCGGGACGCCUCGGAGGGCGACGAAUGGGACCGCAUGAUCACCGACAUCAGCAACGACAUCGAAGCUCUCGGCUGCAGCAUGGACCAGGAGGCGGUGACUCCCUGACGCGUCGAUGUGAAAUCACGGCCUCUCCUCAAAAACGAGCGGGUGGCUCGACUUGAAGCGGAUCAGAUGAAGGUGGUCCUUAGCACUGACCUAAGAUUUGGUUAUAUGUUUAUUCCUCUAAUUAUCAAGAGGACGUUCUAUAGACCCUGUACAUUCGAGGAAACCCCUGCCUUGUCUGACGCACUUAUGCCGACCUCGUCGUCGACUCGCAGUUAAUCGGCCCGUCUCACAUUUCAGUUGGAUUCAGAGCCUCCCGGGUUAUUUUUAAACGUUAUCUUUGGUUCUCGACUCAUUUAUUGGCAGCAUCUGCCACCGCUCUGUCAUAAGGCUUAGAUCUCCAGCGAACGUAGCAGCGACUCAGGAGAACCCACCCAUAGACUGCACGCAUUUUUAGAAGAUUAAAGGCAAGGUUUGUAUCUUAAUUUAACCACAGAUUAAUCAGCUUUUUUUUUUCAUUUUCAUUUAUUUUUGUUGUAAGAGUAACAUUUUGCCAUGUAUUCUAUUGUAAGCCCUGCUUUUCUUUCACGCUGUUUGUUAAUCAGCACUUACUCGGUUAUAUGUUUUCCGCCUUAUUCAAACUGACCUAGAAAAUGCUGUAAAAAAAACAACAAAACAAAGUCACAUUCAUUUAAAGCCACACGGCGUUGACUGUAUUUUAUUUGACCAAUCCAGUUAAUGGAUGGCUGAUUGAUGUAAAGCGUGUUCAACGUUCAGGUCUCUCUUUGUUGUCGUUUUGUUACAUUAAAUUUGUCAUUGUGCCUAAACGCUGCAGUUACCAGCAGGUUCGUCAGCAAGUUGUGGUUAUUAAAUAAAUCAAGAUCAU